CACCACACCCAUGGCCUGCUACGACCUCUGCCGCCCCUGCGGACCCACCCCGCUGGCCAACAGCUGCAACGAGCCCUGUGUCAGGCAGUGCCAGGACUCCACCGUCCUCAUCCAGCCCUCCCCCGUCCGCGUCACCUUCCCAGGGCCCAUCAUGACCUCCUUCCCCCAGAGCUCCGCCGUCGGAUCCACCGCAGGGGCUGCCCUGGGCACGGAGCUCAACGUCCAGGGACAGCCCAUCUCCGGCGGCUUUGGGGCCGGAGGCUACGGCCUGGGCUAUGGCCGUGGCUUUGGCUACGGCCUGGGAGGCCUGGGCUGUGGCCUGGCAGGCCUGGGCUGUUCCGGCAUCUGCUGA